AUGCCCGCAGACCCAGCUGUCAAGGAUCAAUCGUCUCCCAGGAAGCGUAACCAUGGCCGCCGGAGGGCAGACGCCCGGAAGAAUGCUUCCGUGAGCAACACGGAUACUGCCGAAACUACCCCAAACGAAGACGAGGAGCUGUUUGACAUUCUGGGAGUCUCCAAGGUUCCCCAGCAACAGUCUCGUCUCCAGCCUGGCCUCUUGCCGAUCCCCCAGACUCAGAAUGCGCAGAACGACAAGAAGCGUACCCGGACCAAGAACAAGAACAACCGCAAGUCUCCUCCGCGUGCGGAACCCUUGGACGUUUCCGAUCUGUCCAAGUCUUUACCCACCUCUUUCCUUGCCGACAAGCAGUGGGAUAUGCCUGCGCCCGUCGGCGGCCAGCAGCUCACCUGGCAGCAGCUCGACUCGCCGUCUGCUACGCCAUCGAAGCCUGCGAAGAAGACCCGCAAUGCGAAACCUAGAGCCUCCUGUGAUCUCGACACGACCAACUUUUACGCGAACAACCGUGCGCAGCAUGCGCCUGUACCUGUACAUGCUCCGCAGACGCCGCCCCGUGUACCAGUACCCCAUACCGACGCGAUUACCCUCCCGAUCGUUGGCGAGUUCCCCCGCAUCAACAAGAUGCCGAUGACCGCUGGGCCGAAGUACGCUGGACCCACGUUCCACAACUCGCCUGCCUCUGGCUCGCUGCCGCAGCCGGACCUCGACGACUUCUAG